AUGAAUGCAAGGAUCCAACGAAGUGGAGGAUGGUUUGGUGUGAUAAACGGUGAAAACUUGGUGUCCGUGGAUAAUUUUCAUAUAAACCAUUCUGUCAAUCGCUUAAUGUUUUUCCCCAUAAAGACUAAAAAGGAAGAUAAUAACUGGCUCAAAUUUAUGGCCAUACCAAUAAUUUGGCGCUUCGCUAGCAGAACAAACAUUGCAUCGCACACGCAAAAAGUUGUCGUCAUGAUGUUGAGUGAAGAGCAGAGAAAGCAACUGUUGCAACCGCUAAUCGACAAAGGAUGGGAAAUGGUUGAGGGUCGAGAUGCCAUUCGGAAGAAUUUACGGUUCGAGAAUUUUAGUGAAGCAUUUGGUUUUAUGACACAGGUAGCAAUGUAUGCAGAAAAAAUGGAUCAUCAUCCAGAAUGGUUCAAUAUAUAUAACAAGAUUGAAGUAACUCUAAGCAGCCACGAUGUGAACGGUUUGUCGGAAAAAGAUAUCAAGCUAGCCAGUUACAUCGAAAAAUUAUCCAGCUAG